GACGUCAACGUCGAGCAUGCGCAAAUGCUUUUGUUGCUCUUUCACUCUCUUCCUUUGUUGCAGAAGAAAGAAUGCUUGCUGAGUACAGCAGAGAGCGUGAUCAAGUUUUGCUCAGUAGGAGCCCACAAGAACGCUGAAUGUUGCACGUCUGCUUAUUUUGGCCGAGUUCUGGUUAUUCUCGACUACAUCAUCCGUAAUUUUUAUGAACCAAGCAGUUCUUUAGUGGAGCAGCUCCAAACGAAUAUCUUCGCUUUCAGCAAAAUAGCAAACGACAGUGCCCCUACAGAUGGCGCUGCUUCGCCAAGUACUACGCAAAGCACGAGCCACCAUGAAAAGCUCUUCUACUCCUGCCCAACGCUUGACACUUAUUUCAGGCAGCUGAACACCCAGUCGCAGAUGUGUGUGAUCACUCCGUGUUUUUAUUAUCUCUGCCAGCCGCCGUCGUUGUUGUGUGGCGUUCCAAAAAUCGACGGUCUGGCAGCCAGUUUCAUUCAGAACUCCUUCAGCUACCGGCACUUGUACAGCUGUUUCAUGGAACUGAUGUACUCUUGUUUCCAAAUUGAUCGCUACGAGAAUAGUGAUUCGCUACAGCGCUGCUGCCGAUAUUUCAAUGGCACAAUGCUUUGGCGUCUGCUCGGAAUAUUCCCGCCCUCCGCGGCAUUUCUGCGAAAAUUUUUGACCAGCGGGCCGUCAGAUAUGACGUUUUCUGAAGUGCUUAUGGUCGUCCGUAUCGGAAUGCGUCUUUUCGAUCCGGCUUUCACUGCUUGGAUCCGGGAAGGGCUAAACAAACAGCAUGUAGCCUCCGCGGAAUAUCAGUCGUUGAUCAACGACGUUGGUCAAUUGGUGGCCAGCGCCGAAUACUUGGUCACUAUGAUUCAUUACGCCGUGUCGUUCAAGGCAAUAAUCAUCGCAAAAUUGAUCGGCAUAUUUUUCGAAUAUCAUUUGAACGAUGGCCUGUUGAUGGCUUUGACGGACUUAACCACGAGCUUGAUGUCCAGUUUGGUGCUGUGUUUGAAAAAACUAUUGAUUGUGCACAGUUGCCCUGCCAUGGAUGCAGACGCGUCGACGACAAAUCUCCUGUUGGCCAUGUUGUCGAUGGUUUCUUCAGUUGCUAGCAACGUCCGCUUGUUGCAUGAAACCGCAUGGCCACAUAUACCGCUGUCGCUACGUAGUGCUAUCCUUGGCGUAAACCUGUUUGAUUUAAACGCCGUGUUUCCCGUCGCAUCCUCUUGGAAGAGUGACAGCUCUAAGGACGGCAUACCGGCGGAAGGCUAUUUGAGUGAAGUAGUUACCGCGCAUUUGACGUGUUUAGUGAUGAAGAGCGAUGAAGCGAUUUUUUAUUCCAUGAAGCACGCAAUUAUGUCCACCUUCUACAUGUUAUCAGAGCUGAUCAGGUUGGUUCCAAGUGAUGAAAUGAAACUUAAGUUACAAACGGCGUUGCUGGACUUAAUUUUUGACUCUACGACUGCAUUUCUGUCUGAUCAGGCUGCUUACGAGUUGUCCGUGUUACGUCUAACGAUGGAAGAUACUACUUCAUCAGUGGAUGUGCAGAAUGCGUACGUCUUUCGCAUGACAUAUCAGUGCUUAGAGAAGUUCAAACUGUGCCCUAAAAAAGAUAGUUUCCGAGGCUUUUCGCUUGUCGUUUAUGCGAUCCGCAGUGGCUGUUUGAGCUCGAAGCGUAAAGUUAGCCUUCAGUCAAUGCUGGUAGCAGAGGUCGAGGAGUUGAUGAUCAGUUUGUUGUCCUUUGUGGAAGCUUCUCUAACAUCUCUCAGAGAGCAGACAGCCGUAGUCAGCAUGUUCAACCAAGACGGCGUUGGAUCGCUUAUUCUAAUCAAAGAUUUUUCGACCGUCUCUUCUUGCUAUAUCUCUGCGAUGGUCAGUUUUUGUACUGCUGCAUUUAAAGCCGCUAAUGCUUCAUUCAGUAUUGAGCUAAUGCAAUUUGCGAUGAAGUUAUUUACUGAGUUACUCUCGGAUCCGGGCUAUCUCAAGGCAUUGCUUCGGCAGUUACUCAUCACUGGCACUCACAACCCUUCUCAAUUGUCGUUUUACAUGGAAGAAUGCCUGCGGUUUUUGAAAUCGCUUGCUCUCGUGCUGCAAAUUUCUCACUAUUCUGAGGCAGCCUCUGUGUCAGUGCUCAUCGUGCGCAUCUUAAUCAGGCUUCUUGACGAUAUGCUGCUCAAUCCGUCAGAAUCGUAUUUCACUUUCAAGGGGAGUUCAGGAAACGGUGGCGCUCCUAACUCCCGCGUUUCCAUCACCGACUGGCUGCUCGUCGUGUCGGAGUUCGCUUCAAUGGCCACUGGCGAAGGACAUUUGGUGAUGCUGAGAGCUUUGUGCUCGAAAUUAAAGAAAUACUGUGCUUACCUUACCACAGCAGAAGUCCUGGGAAAGAUCAGAGUUAGCAAGCUGGACGAAAAUCAUAUGGUGAUGAUUGACGCUGUCGCUUUCAUCUUAAGCUACGUUACGCGGCUGUUUAUACUCGUCAACAAGAUAUCACCUGUAACGAAACUUGAGACGAUAGGAUUUUCAGAAAGCGGUUCCUCGAGCGAAGACGAGCUUGAUGUGGCAAGCGAAGGCUUUGCCGUGGCGGACGACGAAGACAGCGGCGAUGAAUCGCAGGAGGAUUCGCUGGAUAGUAAGCUUUGUACGUUCACAAUUACGCAAAAGGAGUUCAUGAACCAACACUGGUAUUAUUGUCAUACGUGCAACAUGACCGAUGGUGAAGGCGUAUGCACGAUUUGCGCGAAAGUGUGUCACUGCGGUCACGACCUUUCGUAUGCGAAGUUCGGCUCGUUCUUCUGCGACUGCGGCGCAAAGGAAGAUAAUUCAUGCUUGGCUCUUGUGAAAAGAAUUCACAGCAAACGAAAGAGCGAGUGUAGUCAAAAGUCAUCACGUUCGUCAAAAUCACGUUCUUCCGCUCAUCCGUCAUCAUCCGAUAUGGAGGCAAUGUCGCAGGUGAUGGCUGCGGAAAGGAAAGUAACUGUCUUCAAAGAGAUGGUCAUUCCUGAUUUUGAUCUGAGUGCAUACGGCAGUUCUCUGAUGGACGAAUUGAAUGCAAAUCGCCAGUUGAUUGCUGAGAAUACGCUGCUUCUGCUGAAGGACGCGUUGCCGGUGACCAUGGUUGCAGACCUGGAGCAUACCGCAGCGCGAAAUGUCGUUCGUUUGAAAACGGCAUUCCAGCAGAUGCACACGACCGAAAAGUCAUUCGAGAUGACCAGCAAUCUGGCGACCAUCGCAAUGGGUUCGAGUGACGGCGUUUUCGAGAAUGUUCGUUUCAGCCAUUCCGGUGAGCAGGGGCAAACCAUUAAGCAGCUGUUUUCAUCUAACGUGCUCGAUCGAUCUUGCAUGUGCUGCUUGGUCGGCACUUACCAGAAAAAGCAAUACCUGGCCGUUACCCACGACCGCGUAAAGGUAAGGUUAGACUAA